UCUGGAACAGCGACACUGUUUCCAGCAACCAACAGUGGUCGUUUUUCUUGAUCUGAAAGCUGCCUUUGACUCUGUGGACCGCCAAGCACUAUGGCAAUGUCUGCGGAGCAAAGGUGUCCCCAGUAAAUUCUUGACCCUCAUUAAGGCGCUGUACGCCAACUCCCGCGGCCGUGUAAAGGUCUACGGGAAGCUCUCUCCUGAGUUCACCACAUCCAGUGGUGUCCGACAGGGCUGUCCUCUUUCACCUUUCCUCUUCAACUUCGUCAUUGAUACGAUCACGGAAGACUCACUACCAGCCUCUAAUACCUGUGGGGUCGAAGUGCUCCCUGGGCCUCCGCCCACUGAUAUCGAGUACGCAGACGACAUAGCUAUUCUUGGAUCUAACCCCGUGGCAAUGCAAACAAUACUAAAUAAUCUAAGUAAUUCUGCCUCGCGGUUUGGUAUGCACUUCACACCUGCAAAGUGUAAAGUGCUACUGCAAGACUGGGUGGGCUCGAACCCUAGCCUCAUGCUUGCGGAUGAACCGAUUGAGGUAGUAGACAAAUUUGUUUACCUGGACAGCUGUAUCAGUCCCGGUGGUCUCACGAAAGAUGAAAUAUCCAUCCGGAUUGGGAAGGCCAGAGCAGCUUCUGCGAACCUACGUCACCUGUGGCGUAGGCGUCACAUCAGCUUCUAUGUCAAGGGUCGAGUUUACAAUGCUGCGGUGCGCUCCAUAUUACUAUAUGGAUCAGAAACCUGGUCGCUGCGCGCCGAGGACAUCAAAAGACUUUCAGUGUUUGACCACCGAUGUGUUCGGAGCAUUGCCCGAAUCUGGUGGGAACACCGGAUCAGAAAUUCUGAAUGGUCCACCUCCCUCGGUCUGCUUUUGUAUUCGGCGGGCCUAAUUUGGUUCUGCUUUCUCUCCCAAGAUGAACUUAACUAUGAAACCUAUAUGAGUGAAAACGCCCUUCUGGUUGGUCAGGUUGUAGAGAAAUUCAGCGACAGUGCAGCGACAGCAGCUUAUGAUGGACAACUGUCUUCAAUCUAUGCGAAGGGUGAUACGUCCACUCUUCGUCAGUGGUUGAGAUCUGAGUUGACGGAUAUUGGGCUGGAAGUUUAUGAACAGAAUUUCAGCUUCACACACGAUAUCUUACAUCCUAUUGAAGAGGUUGUCGGGAAAAACUUGUACGCGAUUAUGCGAUCACCCAGUGGUGGUCGAGCAGAAUCCCUUCUUCUCACCGUCCAACUGAGUACUGAAUGUUCGACUGCCGCAUCACCCUGUCUCUCACCAACAGUGGGCCUACUUGUAUCCCUGAUGAAAGUACUAAGACGUAAUGCACUCUGUUUUCAUCAUCCCAGUGCACUUAUUUUACUCAUAGAGCAAGCCUACUGGGCGAAAGAUAUUGUGUUGCUUUUUGUUGAUUCCGACUAUAUUGGACUACUGGCCUGGUUGGAAGCCUAUCACGGGGCAGACACAUCCAAGUAUCUUUCGUGGUCGGAAAUUCAAGGUCGAAGUGGAAACAUUCAGGCUGGGUUGAAUUUGGAGUUCAGUCACUCGGAUCCCAAUUCAGUAGACAUCUUACCAGAGGGCACAAAUGGUUUCCUCGCCAACCUUGAUCUGGUGAAUGCUGUGGUUCGACUGGCUAACAAACAUUCGAUCGAACCAAUCGUGAACAAUCAGCCCUUCCACUAUGGACGUGGCCAAACUGAUGUUCGGCGAGGGGACGUAUUUGGGCUUUUGAAUGCGGUGUGGACACAGGCCUCCGGUUCUCCCACAGGGCUUCAUGGUUUGUUGAUCAAUUACCAGAUUCCCGCGGUAACUCUGCGUGGCCCAUCGUGCAAGCAUCGGUCGCUUAGCAGCUCCCGAAAAAGUCCACGUUUGGGGAACACUAUUCACUUACUAAUUCAAUUGGUUUUUUGGUCUUCGGAUUUGAAAAGUUUCGUACGGCGUACACCUGUUCGUCGGGUCUCUUGCCCUUCUGUUUUCUUCAGAUUCGUCGAAGGAAUUUUGCGCUCUCUCAACAAUCUUCAAGAACGGUUGCACCAAUCCUACUGGUAUUACCUGCUCCCAAACCCCAUGCGGUAUAUAUCGAUCGGAGUGUAUAUGCCCCCCGUUCUAAUUCUCAUUGGUAGUCUGCUGAUCAAGACGAUUGGAUUUUGGUGUGCUGUGGGUGCGUCUGAGACGAAGAAUGUGUCAGAUGACUCACUCACUUCUACUACACUACGAACGGCGCUGUCACCUGACGCUGACCGAUAUGUUCGGAAACGCGGUAAACAACCUAGUAAACCAAGUUCACCUGCCAGUGAGAAGACAUCGUCACCAAGUAAGGUGGAGAUAAGGAAAGACGAAGAUGGCAUUCCAUCGACUCUCGCUCGUUUGACCAUAUGGACGGCAACCUCCUUCGCGUUUGGUCUCUUUCUGCACGUUUCACCGAAGGUGAUAUUUCUUCUCUCCGAACAUCCUAAAUGGGAUGGCAUCCAGCAUUUUUUGGGUAUCCAACCGUUGGCUGGCGAUUUCCUGACCUUCUCUGUGCUGUGUUUGUUUGGUGUAGUCGCCUUUGCUACUCCCUUAAUCAUCACAAUCCUCUACCGUUUCUGCGUUGCCCGUGAAUGUCAGACAGAACGACCAUGGACCAGUUCUGUCCUGUUGAUCAGUUGGACGCUUCUCCUCACAUGUAUGGCUUGUCUGAACGUGUCCGCCAGUUUGUUGCUCAGUGCCCUUGUGGUACCCGUGUUACUGAUAUUUGUGCGCUACUCAAAUCACUCAAAAUUCCUCUCCUGUCUGUUCGGAUUAUGUUGGAUCCUACUUUCACCUCCGGUUCUUCUCCUUCUUGUGUGCUACAUCCACCUGUCAUUCUUUGAGAAGGGUAUUCAAAUCCAAGCCAAUGCUGUUGAUUUUCCUGCCUUGCAGGAUUUUGUAACCAGAGUACUUGUGCAGCUUAUGAUUGAAUCGGACCUAUUCGGCUCAUGGAUCUGGUCAGUCCUGACUUGCGGAUAUAGUUCAUUGUGGCUGCUGAGUUGGCAUAGUAUCUUGUGCGAGUGA